AUGCUCGCUGCCUUUCGCUUUGGGACGGAUCUUUGGGAUCCGUCUCACCGCUUCGAGACCUCGUGGCUCUUGUCCCCCUACCUGCUAGGUGCUUGUCGGGCGCUGAUCAGUCUCUACAUCUUCGUCGUCCGCUUCUUCGUCAUCGGCUGGACGUGUAAUCGUGCCGAGUACGGCGGGUGCGAGGCUGUCGGCCAGAGCUUCUCCUUCUUCACCGUCCUUACCUACUGGGGCUUGGGUUUCUACUUCCUCAUCUCGGCCAUCCACACUCUCACGUACGCCCGCUCCGGCAGCCCGCUGCUCGAACGCUUCCCGCGACCUCUGCAAGCCCUACACGCCUUUUACUACACCACCAUCGUCACCUACCCGUUCAUCGUCACCGUCGUGUACUGGGCCAUAAUCUACGCCGGGCCAUGGUACCCCGACCAGUUCAGCGCCUGGAGUAACAUCUCCCAGCACGGCCUCAACUCGGCCUUCGCACUCUUCGAGAUCGUGGUCCCGCGCACCAGCGCCGCCCAGCUCGAGUGGGUGCACAUGCUCUGGCUCAUCAUCGUUUUGGCGCUCUACCUUGCCCUUGCGUACCUGACGUAUUACACCCAGGGCUUCUACCCGUACACCUUCCUCGACAUCAAGGCCAAUGGCAGCGGCAAGGUGGCUGCCUACAUUGUGGGCAUCGCCGUCGCCGGCAUCGUAAUCUACCUCAUCGUCAAGGGUCUCAUCUGGCUGAGGGAGUGGGUGACGGAGAGGAAGCUGGGCAUGGAUGGCAAGUUUGCCCAGCAGCGCUACCACAACUACGAUACCGAGCUGGGCACCAUCAACUCCAAGCACUGA